AGGAUAUUCGCAUCGCCGUCACCGCCGGAGAACGUGGCAAUCACGAGGCUAGUACACCGGGCGGAGGAGGAAUGCACGAGGGGGACCAGGUAGGAGGGAGCGGGAUGAAUCUUCUGUUGUACCAACAUACCACCGAUGUGAACAACACCUCGACAGUAACACCCGCGCUAAGCGCUGCAAGCGGGUACAGCGGACCCCUG